AUGGCGGUGUCAACAGAGCCAAGGGUCCAUGCUGCCGCUGCGAUAAACUGCUUUCAGCUGAUCGAAAGCUGGACGUCGCUCGUCUUCGGUCCUGAUAAGUUCAACAAAGUCCGAAGCUACCCGCUGUCGAAUCACGCUGUGUGGCGAAAGCAAAGACUCGCCGUAAAAUUUGGUAAGAUUGGAAAUGCCAGUAUCCGUCCUCCGGUGGGCGGCGUCUUCGAAAGCCAAAUGGCGGAACUCGUCAUACAUUGA